AUGCAGCAUCUUUUGAUGCUGCACGAAUGGGCAGACACGGAAGUUACGGAUGGCACAGAGGACCGGCAUAAAGUGGAAGUAUUUUACUUUUUGUGGGUGAGUAAACAUUUAAGACACGCAUUAGGAGAGUCGGGUGCCGGCGCCUGCGGACGAUGGGUAUCGCAGGCGCGGCCACGCCUCUCCCCGUCCCGCACCGGCUUGCGGGAAUCGCCCGCGAGGGAAAGGGACGGGGCGGCGCUUCGAAUAAGGAAUAGAGGUGUCUCGGCGAUUCUAUCAAGCCGAGCGCACGGGAUACGUACUAAU